UGAUAUCCUCCAUGGGGCGGAAGCACUUGUCUCUAUCAAACUUUUCGCGAAAAUGGGGCAAAUGGCUAGGAUGCUAUGGCUACAGAGAGAAAGAUCCCGUGAUUCAACUCGCCCCGGUAGAGAUUCAGGGCUUCCAUGCUGGGAAUGCUGAUCCAAGCACUUACAGUGGUGAAGUGUCAUCAGUCUGGAAGAAAAACAUCUUCAUGGGAGCCAAGUGUCAGCUCCCUGAUUUCUCUGGUGUCAUAAUAUAUGACACUGCAGGGAACAUUGUUGCCCCUGCAAAAGCUCCCCUUGCUCUCCCAUGGAAGUGAUGAUAAAUCUGAAUCUCAGAAGCCAGUUCUUUCCUCCCCAAGAACAGAUUGCUGUAAGUUUGAUAGUUAUCAAUAAGUGUAUCAAACAGCUUCUGUGUAUUUCCUGUUAAUCAAUGAGCAACCAAAAACCAGUCCAGAAUGUAUUUCUUUUUCAA